AUGUCUGCUCAGUUCGCCAACGGUCUCGGCAACGUCCGCCUCGUCGACCGCGAGCACAUCAACCCCAUGCUUCAGGGCAUCCUCUACAGCACCGACCGCAAGGCCCAGGUCGCUGUUCUUCAGGAAGAGAGCCGCCGCUCCUCGGCCUCUUCCUCUGCCUCGUCCACUCCUCUCACCUCCCGGAAGAACUCGGUCAUCUCUCCCGAUGCCGUGUCUCUCGCCUCGUACUCCAAGGAGAAGCGCCGCAAGUCGUCCCUCUUCGGCAUGGCCAGCUUUGGCAAGAACCGCGGUGUCGCCGGUAUCUCCAACAUCAUGUAA